AUGGCUGACAAGCAGGAGACGUUCGGCUUUGCCGCUGACAUUAGUCAGUUGCUAGACCUGAUCAUCAACACAUUCUACAGCAACAAGGAGAUUUUCCUUCGUGAGCUGAUCUCGAACGCUUCGGAUGCCUUGGACAAGGUCCGUUACCAGGCUCUGACCGACCCGAGCGUGCUCGACUCUGAGAAGGAUCUCUAUAUCCGCAUCACUCCAGACAAGGAGAACAAGAUCUUGUCGAUUCGUGACACUGGUAUCGGUAUGACCAAGGCCGACCUUGUGAACAACAUUGGUACAAUUGCCAAGUCGGGUACCAAGGCCUUCAUGGAGGCUCUGAGCUCGGGUGCCGAUAUUAGCAUGAUCGGUCAGUUCGGUGUCGGUUUCUACUCGGCCUACCUUGUGGCUGAGAAGGUGCAGAUCAUCACUAAGAACAACGACGACGAGCAGUACAUUUGGGAGAGCGCUGCUGGUGGUACGUUCACCAUUACCCCCGACACGAGCGGCCGCUCGAUUGGCCGUGGUACCGAGCUGCGCCUGUUCAUGAAGGAUGACCAGCUCGAAUACCUCGAGGAGAAGCGCAUUAAGGAGAUUGUCAAGAAGCACUCCGAGUUCAUCUCCUACCCGAUCCAGUUGGUGGUGACCAAGGAGGUCGAGAAGGAAGUCGACGAGCCGGAGGCUGAGACUGCCGACGACGACAAGAAGGCCAAGAUCGAGGAGGUCGACGACGAGUCGGAGGAGAAGAAGCCUAAGAAGAAGGUCAAGGAGACUGUGACCGAGAACGAGGAGCUUAACAAGACCAAGCCGAUCUGGACUCGUGACCCGAAGACUAUUGAGAACGAGGAGUACGCCUCGUUCUACAAGAGCCUGACCAACGACUGGGAGGAGCACCUCGCUGUCAAGCACUUCUCGGUCGAGGGUCAGCUCGAGUUCAAGGCCCUUCUGUACAUCCCCAAGCGUGCUCCGUUCGACAUGUUCGAGUCGAAGAAGAAGCGCAACAACAUCAAGCUCUACGUGCGCCGUGUCUUCAUCACUGACGACUGUGAGGAGCUGAUCCCUGAGUACCUCAACUUCGUGAAGGGUGUUGUCGACUCGGAGGACCUGCCGCUGAACAUUUCGCGUGAGACGCUGCAGCAGAACAAGAUUCUGAAGGUCAUCCGCAAGAACGUGGUGAAGAAGACCCUUGAGAUGAUCUCGGAGAUCGCUGAGGACAAGGAGAACUUUGCCAAGUUCUACGAGGCGUUCGGCAAGAACAUUAAGCUCGGUAUUCACGAGGACGCUACGAACCGUGCCAAGCUGGCGGAGUUCCUGCGCUUCUACUCGACGAAGAGCGGUGACGAGAUGACCAGCCUGGCUGACUACAUCACUCGCAUGCCUGAGAUCCAGAAGAACAUCUACUACCUGACUGGUGAGAGCCUGGCCGCUGUCAAGGACUCGCCAUUCCUCGAGGUGCUCAAGAAGAAGGGCUUCGAGGUGCUGCUCAUGGUGGACCCGAUUGACGAGUACGCCGUGACUCAGCUCAAGGAGUUUGAGGGCAAGAAACUCGUAUCUGUCUCGAAGGAGGGCCUGGAGCUCGAGGAGACUGAGGACGAGAAGAAGGAACGUGAGGAGGAGGCCAAGAAGUUCGAGGACCUCACCAAGGCCAUCAAGGACAUUCUCGGUGAGAAGGUCGAGAAGGUCACCGUGUCGAACCGCAUUGUCGGCUCGCCGUGUGUUCUCGUCACUGGUCAGUUCGGUUGGUCGGCGAACAUGGAGCGUAUCAUGAAGGCCCAGGCGCUGCGUGACACUUCGAUGUCGCAGUACAUGGCAUCGAAGAAGACCAUGGAGAUCAACCCGCACAACCCGAUCAUCAAGGAGCUGGCGGCUAAGGUGGCCAGCGACAAGAACGACCCGACUGUGCGUGACCUGACGAUGCUGCUCUACGAGAGCUCGCUCCUCACCUCGGGCUUCUCGCUCGAGCAACCGCAGGACUUUGCCAACCGUCUGUUCAAGCUCAUCAGCCUUGGUCUCUCGAUCGACGAUGUCGAGGCCCCGGCGGAGGCCGCCGCGGACGAUGCCAAGGCGGACGAGCCUGCUGGCGAGUCGGCGAUGGAGUCGAUUGACUAA